CUGUACAUGUGCCAACAGCCUUGCAGCUGCGCUUUUUUGCUUUGUACCGAGAACGAUGUUUUACUGCGAAAGAUGUGCUCGCGAAUUCACCUCUCCUGGAGCCCUACACGCUCAUUGUCGAGACAAAAACGAUCACCCAUACUGCGCGGACUGCGAAAGGCUCUUCAGAAACUUUGAUGCGCUGGACAAUCAUACUCGGGAUGUGCAUUUCGACUCAGACGACGACUACUAUGAGACUGAUGACGAUAAUGCUAACGUAUAUUGUCAAUCGUGCGACCGCGAGUUUCAGGACUCGACAAGUCUCAUCCAGCAUCUCGCCGCCAGUUUGAGGCACAACUGGUGCUUCGUUUGCUCAAGAGACUUUUCAAGUCCUAAUGCCCUCGCUCAGCAUUCAUCCUCUCAAGUGCAUCGCGCUCGCGAUAUCAAAUGCCCUUUGUGCUCAGAAGCAUUCAAGAUGGUUUCUGCUAUCGCUCAGCAUAUCGAAUCUGGCUCUUGCCACCAUAGUAUCAACCGACGCACGGUCACCGAAGCUGUUAAAUCUGUCGUUCCAUCCAUCUCUAUUGAUCGCCGGAUCACCGGAGGUAGCAGUUCGACCACCACCACGACUUACUACGCCACAGGACGCGCAUACAAUGGCGUUGCGUACGAAUGUUACCUUUGCCACAGAACUUUCACCACCUUAAAUGCAUUGAACACACAUCUGAACUCGCCUGCUCAUGAUUCGAAGGAAUUUAGGUGUCCGAAAUGUCGAAGGGAGUUUUCUUUGAUCUCGGGCUUGAUCCUACAUAUCGAGAGCGAAACGUGUGGUGUUGCGAGGUUCCAGCAAGUUCGAGACCAGAUGCAGGGACUCACGAAUAAUUUCCGGAGAAUGUUGACGAUGUAAUGCUCGGUGCCCUCUACGUAAGUAGUACCAGCAGCAAGCACGUAAAUUUUACACAUGUAUCAUACCACCUUAUAUCAGUACAUAUUUCACUACGUCUCAGAAGAACACAAAA